GACGUUUGCAACUUUAAUCGCGAAAACAUCCAAAAUUGGCCACUUUGUCGAUCGAAUCACUAUCAAUGAUGCAACAAAACCAUCAAUCAAACCACUUGACGACAAUCUAAAGUGCGCUUCUCUGAUUGUUGGGCGAUCAGUGCCACUAGAGAUUUUGGAAAUUUUCACAAAAAAGUGGAAAAAAAUCACCAACAAAUGAUGCGCUGCAUUCUACGCCACUGCGGAUCAAGGCUGAUAUGAAGCACCUUAAAAGUAGCUGUGAUAUCAUUGGAUGGCCCAGUUGUGAAAUGGUUUUGAAGAUGAAAACUGCAUUGUUUCUAGUGCUGGCAGCAGCUGCAGCUGCUGCAGCUGAAGUACAGCUGCGUCCAGGCAUCACGCCAUUCCAGCUGCCAGCUGUUGCAUCAGAACUGUUGCAAACCGAAGUUCUAGAGGCCAGUUUCAUCCAGGCCGAUGUCACAAAGUAUGCCUAUGAAAUAGUGGAAAAGAUCCAAGAGCUGAUCAUCCAACAGGGUUUCGAUCCCAUGGCGUUGUCUGAUGAGGAAAUCGAACUGCCUCUGACCACACUGAACCUCACUAAUGGUUGGGUGGUGGAUCUUUCCACUCUGAAUGUUUCCGACUCAGUAAUAGUCAAGUAUUCAACUGAGACCAAGGUGUUGGAGCUCACCAUUCCUCUGGCUUUCCAUGAGCUGUUGAUUUCCUACGACUACCACUUUGUCCAGCUGUUGGUCAGCGUCAAAGGAGCCAUCAAUGCGAAGAUAUCCAACUUCAAGCUAAACCUUCAUCUUGGCUUCAACUUCAGCGACUAUCACGCGUUUGUUGAUAAGGCAGAUGUGCGCGACACUGGAUCGAUCACGAUCGAGUUCACUGGUUUGGGGCUUUUGGAUUGGAUUAUCGACCUUCUGACCGACUGGGGGAUCGUUUUCCUGCACGGAAUUAUCCUGAGCAUCGUGGAUUUGAUCAUCCAGCAGCCCGUGGAAGGUUUUGUUUCCGACAUUAAUGCUUUGAUUGAUAGCAUGUUGCAUCCCAACUCCACUUUGGCUGGAAGUUUCUAUGGUUGAUUAUUAAAUUGAACCGUUGCUGAA